GCAGCUUGGAGCCAGAAGACCGCAGACAUCCUCCUCCUGCUAGCCCACCACCACCAUCACCAUCAUCAUCCUCCUCCUCCUCCUGCCAGCCCACCCUCAGCCUCCUUCUAGCCCACCUUGACCGCCCAGCACCGGCCGGCCAGCCUCCCGGCCCGCACCGCGUCCCGGAGGGGGAAUGGGGGUGUGGGCGCAGCGCGCUGCCCGCUAGCGGACUUCCCCGGAUCUCUCCAGCGAGCGGCGAACGCUCCCGGGCCGGAGCUCCAGGACGAUGGUCUCCUGGAUGAUCUCGCGGAUAGUGGUCCUUGCCUUUGGAACGCUCUACCCGGCCUACUCCUCAUACAAGGCGGUCAAAACGAAGAAUGUGAAGGAAUAUGUGAAAUGGAUGAUGUACUGGAUCGUCUUUGCGCUGUUCACCACAGCGGAGACGGCCACCGACCUGCUCCUGUCAUGGUUUCCAUUUUACUUUGAGCUAAAGAUCGCCUUUGUGAUCUGGCUCCUGUCCCCAUACACCAAGGGCUCCAGUGUCCUCUACCGCAAGUUUGUCCACCCGACGCUGUCCAACAAAGAGAAGGAGAUCGAUGAGUACAUAGCGCAGGCCAAAGACAGGAGUUAUGACACCAUGAUGAGGUUUGGAAAGCGGGGUCUCAACCUGGCUGCUACUGCUGCCGUCACUGCCGCCACCAAGGGCCAGGGCGUGCUGUCCGACAAGCUACGGAGUUUCAGCAUGCAGGACCUGACUCUUAUCAACGCGGAGGACGAGCUGUCUCUGCACACUUCAGACGUCCGCAUGAGACGGGACGCCAUGGACGACCUGAGCUCGGGCUCCAGCACGCUUCCCCGGGCCAAGAGCACCCGGCAGACCCGCUCCACGUCUGUUGUUGACACGUCACACGUCGACACGUCAUCCCAACACGGCUCUGACCAAUCGGACACGAGGACCGAGCACUCGGAUGAAGAUGCAGUAGACAAAGCCCCCAAACGUAGUGCCAGCGUCCGGGCAACCAAGAAACCUGCUGCUGCUAAGACCGAGACGCAAACCAAGACGGCGAAGAAGCCGACCAAGAAAAAGGUCCCGACUACUAAUGCAGAGACGCCACCGUGAGGGCUGCAAUCCACCUUCACCGGGCUACACCUUCUCAUCCUGCAGGCCCCUUUACCCCGUUUUGUGUCCACACAGACACUGUAUACGUUUUAUUUAUAUUAUGAAAGCGUUUCCUUUUAGAGAAGUGCAGGUUUGGGGGUUUUCAGCAUCAGUUCUGUUAUUUUACACUUCCUGUGGGUUCAUCCUGGAUUCAGCAUUCAGGGAUGUUUCUUAAGUCUAAUAACGAUUAAUGAUAAAUCCGUCACCAUGUUGCAGUUUUCACUUUGCUGAAGUAUGUCAAGUUAAAUAUUACAUUCUUCACUAUUGGUUGUAGAUUUUCAUCUAUUUGUCCUCCAGAUUGCUGCUACGUGGUUGUUUUUAAAAUAAGAAUAAUACAGAUGUCAUCUUUUUGCUGUGUGCAUGCUACAAGUGUGGGUUCACAUCUAGAGCACGGACAUCACCAGUUAGCUUUAAGUUUGUUGUGCCCGGAGUUUUUUCUUUUCGCUGAGGAGUAAGCAGGUGGUCGGACGUGUCGAGCAUUGGCCAAUAUUUGUUGACAUCCACAAUUCUCUGUCAGGCAUAAUAGUUUCUCCCCAGCUCAUAGUAUCACCACUGUGUCCUAACUUGUGCACCUGUCUGGUUUUACAGGAUGACUUGUAAUCAAACCUGUUUGGGUUCUUUUAAACUCUGACUGCAUUUCAGGCCUCAUGGCUCAUUAAGUCAGACGUCCUCUGGUUGAGUCUGGCUCUGCUAAGUUCAGCUCUCAUUUACAGCCUGACUGCUCUAAUGUGACUUUAACAUAGUUUACAUCACUACUGAUGGGAAUGGCUGUUGAGUGUUAUUCUUCAUCUAGACCUCACUCUCAAGUAUUACACUUCUGUUUUAACAGGGUCAUUUGGUCAUGUGAUUAUUAUGAAUAUGGUCAGACUCUCUGCUGAAACUCUCCCGGUAAUUACGGCAGACAUUAAAAAGUUGUCGGGUGACAUAUCUGUGUUUACCGCGGUAGUGACGUUGGUAUAUUGUUUUGUUCAACAUUAGAAGGUCACGGAGAAGCUCUGCACUUUCCUACUCCUCUCACCCUGCUGCGUGGUUCACGCUCUGCCUCCUUACCAUAUAUUAAAAGCCAGGAUGUGGACAGAGCAAUAUGGAACCAAUGAAACCAACAUCAGGUGAACGGGGGAAUUAUUUCCUCAGUCCUCUGCUGUUGUUCCAGAUGUGGAGGAAGUGUCGGAUUAGUAUCCGGGUGCUUCUGGAGACACAUUGGAAUUCUGUUUUUGGGAACAGCUCGCUUGGUCGCUGUCCGCUGCGGAGUUCUUUUUUUAAGGAGCAAUUGAAAAGCAUGAUACUACUUCUGCACUCAUUACUGCCGUCUGUGGUGUGACCAGUAGAGGGAGACAAACCCCACCGCAACUCUCGGCAGAGUUACUAAAUAAUAUGUAAACACACUGUAAAUAGUAACCUUGACUGUAUAUACACACAAUAUGAGCUUGCUUGCCUUAUUCAUUCUCUGGGCUGGAAUCCAUUGACUUAAUUAAUCAUUUGUGUGCUUUUCAAAAUAAGUCUUCGUCUUGACGACUUAUGUUCUUAAACUGGAAGAAGUGAUGUUUUUGUUUAACAUGUUUAGUUUUUUUUCAUUCAUUUUUACUUGCCUCCAUCACAAAGAAACCUCUAUACUUGGUCUAAGCUGAUGUUUGUGUAGUCAAAUCUUGCAUUGUGCUUUACUCUGAUUAAUUAAGUAUAGCCAAAAGUUAACAUCUCUUUGGAGCAAAUUACAUUUAUGUGAAAAUACUUUUAUUUCUAUUUAUUUCAUCAAGAUUCAGCCCUGCAUUUUAAUCUUGUGUUCAUGCCAAUUUUUGAUAUUUAUUUACUGUUUUAAAAUCCGUGUUAAAUACAGGAUUUUUCAUUUUGUGUCAUGUUUCUUUGCCAAUUCUCAUAGUUCCUUGUCAAAAAGCAUUGCAGUGUGUUAGCUGGGAACAUGUUAUCUAACAAGGUUGCACAUCUUCCAAAACUACUAAUAAAGGAAAUUCAAUCUGU